AUGUCGGCGCCUGUGGUACUAGUAACAGGUGUUACCAGCACUGUUGGUAAAGCAAUCGUACGCCGAUUGGCGUUUUCUGGCUACAACGUCGCUGCUGCAGAUCGAUGUUCAGGCGAUGUUAGCGAAGUUGCUGCUGAUAACAAAAAGGAGUUCGAGAAACGUGUGCGGUUGCGUGAUUUGCUUAAACGGAAUUGGGUUCGGCGUUUCGUAGAUGUGUUGGGUAGGAAUGACAUCGAUUGUGGAUAA